AUGACGACGGCCAGCUCGCUGACGAAAUGUGCUUUUGACUUCCUCGCCGAUGUCGAAGGCUAUGAUAUCAGGGACGCGGCUGGGCUCGAUAGCCAUAGCUAUAGGGUCCUACUUGUCGGUAUGAUGUCGGAGAUCUUAACGGAGGAGGGCAUCUACUCCAAUCAGGCCUUGGUGACGAGCUUGACAGUCCUCAACUACGUGGGGUUAGCAUCGGCCAACAUGCGCAGGGUGAUCAAAACAUGGGAGAUAGUGAAGACGAAAGUCACCUUGGACCGUCCGACAAUCCAGGCGAUCGACAAGUUCUUGCGCACCCGCCUGACGAACAGUGCUCUGGAUCGAAGGGCGAAAGCAGGUUCGCAUUUUCCUGCGAGUCAACUUGCAUCUGUUGCACCGACCCUAGGACUCAGGGUGCAUUUGGCGAGUCUGGUCAAGAAAGCUUCUCGUGAAAGUGGCAACAACACGGUGUCCGUGCUAGCUUUGGCUUUUGAAUUGUUGUCCAUGCGCAGUUCAGUUCAAAUUAACUGGACGACGGACCUCCAGGAGGUUGCAAAUCUCCUGCAAUCAGCUUUCUGGCUUCUGAUAGUCAACAAACCCGGGGCUGCGGCGGGUUCGCUUGGAAAAUUGGAUGCUACGAUAGUCCUCGACUAUCUGCAUACAUCAUCCAAAGAUGAGUAUCCGCUUGUCGGUGUCAACACGUCUGUCGGCGAGAUCUCCCCGGUCGGAUGGGACUCCCUGAUCUCAGUGAUAGUGGAGUUCGUGAAGAAGGAGGGGGCCAUGACGGAUGAGACGUCCUGGUCGGCCCGCCUCUCCGCCAAGAACAUCCUCCGGAACAUGGGCACCAUGUGGCUGCACUAUGAGGGCGACGAGAACUUGGUGAGCCUCCCACAGCUCUUGGAGUACAUGCUCAUCACCACCCCUGACAACGAAGGCUACACGUCGUCUGUUUCAGACGAGUUGGGCUCUAUGAAGUCCAUCAUGACAUACUACCUCCUGUCCAACACCAGUGUCAAGAUUGCGUGCGACAACAAUGUCAUGAUUCCGGAGGGGUUGGAGAUCCUGGUGCCAGUCACCACCGGCAGGACCCUCUCCCUGGACAAGAUCGAAGGCCUGACUGUGAGCCAGCUCUCCGAGGCCGAGGGGGGAACUUUCGAGGUCUACUAUGAGAACGACUUGGCCGACCCGGACACGAUCGCUGAGCACCUGAAGAAGGCCACGAGGUCCGGCGUGAAGCCCUUCACCAAGAAAGGGGGAAUGAACUGGGACGAGAUCCAGGUGGAGGACGAUGACGCCAAGGAGACCCCUCUGGGAAGGACUACGGAGCACAAGAAGGCUUCAGGUGUUGGCAAAGGCAAUGCUCUGGUUGGAAGAGGUACACAGCAGCCCACUUACACGCCUGCAGAACAAUACUCCAAGCAGCAGGGGACAACCUGGGAAGCGGAGAGCACCCGCCACAGACGAACUUAUCACUUAUCACGAGAGGUGUGGGGGGGAGGGGAAACAGCGGGGCAAGUCGGCCUGGAGCUCACACAACAGCUACUGCACGAGCUGAACACAGCCUGUGAAAGGGGGGGGCGGGAAGAGGAUAGACAGCAGCAGCACCACCUGCAAACAACCAUACGGGAGAUCCUCACCCAUAUCCACCAGGCCAUAGAGGCCCACGAAGUGGUGGUGGCAGCACAGUGGCUGGAACCAGAGGGCGGCGACUCAGCGCAAACCCCAACACAGCACCCCCAAGAAGCAGCAGCAGCAGGAGCCAGGGACACACACCUAGCGGACGUCAUAGGCCUGGCGAAAGGAGGGACGGAAAGUCACAACAACAGACCCAGCCACAGGCCCAACAGCACGGGGGUCACCACGGCCAGGGAAAUAUUGGCCAAACUGGUCCCGUUCCUGGAAACACAGACGGACGGAGGAGGGGAAGGGGGGGGCGCAACCCGCAGAUCCGCACAAGAGGAAGAGGAGACGGAGGAGGGCAACCAGGGGGCCAUGCUGAGGAACAAGAGACAAGACCAAGGGGGUGGGGACUACAUCGACGACACCGCCGGCUACACGAAGGGGAUGAUGUGGACUCAAGAAGAAGACGCACACAUGAAGGGGCAAGCAGUGACUAACUGUCCUUGCGCACUGGUGGGCCCCUGUCCGGAUCCCGUUCACUUGUCUGGUUUCGGGCAGCGUGUGACCUUCACUUCCCUGAAGUUAGUAGAGUAUGUGAGUGACUGGCCUUCCCUGCAGCCGUUGUCAGGCUUUGCUGUUGCCAAUUCGCCCGAGUUGCAGAUGAGCGCUUUCGCCUGGGAGCACGCGCUGUGGCUUUUGGAGGCUCUUCCAGGCGAAGCCCUCCUCCCCGAUGCCGUCGCCUACGCGUCAGCUACUGCAGCCUGCGGUCGAAGCCUUCGCUGGGCCCUGGCGGUGACGUUGCUUGCCACCUCCCUCGACCGUCGCAUGGCCUCGCAGGCAGGCAUGGGGGCCGCCAUCGCAGCUGCCGCCGGCCGAAGAGAGUGGCAGGUGGCCCUGUCCCUGCUGGACCAGCUCAAAAUGCAGGAGAUGCAGCCGGAUGUCAAAAGCUACACGCAAGCUCUCAGUGCAUUCGAGGGCUCCAGCUGCUGGCAGAAGGCGCUUUCCCUGCUGUUCACAGCAGACGAACUCGGGAUGACCAACGACAUAUGCUACACGGCGGCCAUGCGUGCGUGCUCAGACGAGUGGCAGUGGUCCCUGGCCUUGCUCAGUCGGCUGCCCAAUCCUGACAGGCGGGCCUUCAACGUGGCACUGAACUCCUGCGCGAAGGCCUCGAAGCGCCAGGUGGCCCUGACGCUCCUGCGGCGUAUCCCAGCUCCCGACGCCGUCAGCUACAACUCCGCCCUGACCGCAUGUGUGGGUGCAGAUGGGUGGAUGGAGGCACUGGUGCUGCUUGCCGAGCUGGCCGACGACGCGGACACCAUCAGCUUCAACGUGGUAUUGGCAGCCUGUGAGGCUGCCGGGGCUUGGCUUGCCUCGUUGCAACUCCUCGAGUGUCUGGGUAGCAAUUGCAAUCGAGGGCUUGCCUUCUUCUUAGCCAGACCCCUGGGAGGAUAUGUUGCAAUCAAUAUCAAUCACCGCGUGGCGCUGCCUGCUGGCAUGCUGGUCCCUGAAGUUGGGGAUGGCUUUACAUGCGGCUUGGCUGAUGUCAUCCUGUCACCCGGGGUGGUCCUGAGCGAGGUGGCCGUGAGCUGCACCAUCCGUGCUGCUGGGGGCGUGCAUCGCUGGCAGGUGGCCAUAAAGCUGCUGGAGCAAAUGGAGGACCUCACCGUGGAGAGCAACGAGUUCGGCUUCUCCUCGGCCAUCGACGCCUGUUCCAAGGCUUCCCAGUGGCUGCAAGCCAUGGGCAUCUUCAUGUCGAUGCCUGUGGCCUCCAUCCAGUGCAAUGAAGUGUGCCUGAACGCCGCCCUGGCUGGCUGCCAGCGGGCCCGACGCUGGCGCCAGGCCCUGGCACUCUGGGCAUGGGCCGAAGAGCGAGAGCUGGUGCUGGACAGGGCGCUGCUUCUCGGGGCCGCUGCGCUGGCCGAGCCUCAACCUGGCGUGCGGGGGGAGGUUCUGGGAGCCCUCGCCUGCCUCUGCGAAGACGAAGGACACCCCGCCGGGCGGCAGCUCUUCCAAGAUCUGGCCAGGGCGGCGCACGCGAGUGGCCUUGGAGGGCUGGGCCAGGCGUUGGCCACGGCAGCUGGCUAUCCGAGUUUGAACCCCUUGGGCGUGGCGGCGCAGCUGCGCGGGGCCUUGGGCGGGGGCGCCAUCACCGGGAGGCGUCCCUACCAGAAGGAGGUGGCACUGCUCAGGCGUGUGGUGGAUCUGGCACAGCCAGGUGACGCAGCAUCCGUGGUUCAGCAAAUGGAGAAUUUCGGCGCAGAGCUGGGCAGCGCCGGUGGCUGGGCGAAGUUUGCUGCCGGGAGCAAGGCGAAGAUCCUGCUGCUGGGCUCCGCCGGGGCAGCGCCUUCGCCCAAGCACGUCCUGGACAUUGGUGCCUACGGUGGUGGGUCGGCUCUCCACCUUGCCCAAGCUCUCCCAGGGGUGCAUGUGACCGCCAUCGAGCUGGAUCCUGUGAUGGUUGCCCUGGCACGCUGCUUGCUGGGCUUUGCUGGCGUGGGUGACCGUGUGCAUGUGCUUCCGGGCCACACUCGGCUCCGACUCCCGGCGUUGGAGGGCCGGCGCUUCGCAGCCAUCUUCGUGGAUGUCUGGGGCGCGCAGUAUGCCGAAGUCCUGGCCCUCAUUCAUCGCCAUGGGCUGCUGUUGCCGGGGUCGGUGCUCAUAGCAGACAACGUCCUUCGCACCGGCGCGGCAGAGUUCGCCGGGCGUGUGGCGGGCCGAGGCUUUCGGACGCUCGUGAUGCCUGUGCAGGAAGUGUCGAAGCCUGACGAGGAGGAUUGGAUGACGGUGUCGGUGCUCCGCCACACGGACUGGGAGCCCAGAGUGCCAGACGAGCUUCAGGAGCUCCAGGCAAGGUCCGAGCGCCUGCGCGAUGCUACCGCCAACGAGGGCGUUGCUCCGGAGGAGCAUCGAGACUUCUCCGAGCAAGCGCGCGGGAUCUUCCGCAAAGCGGGGAUUGUGCCAGUUGGAGAUCGAGGGGCAGUCUGA